AAGGACACAGUGAUAUGGAUGAUCUUGAUAUGAUCACGUGGUCGAUUAAUCAAGCUCGGAGCUUGGAUAAAUCUGCGUUUCGAGCAAAUUUCAACAAAAUUUGAUAGCAAAAAAAAAAACAAAAAAAAACAGUUAAUUUAUUUCUAUGUAAGGUGUGGCAAGCGUGCGAUAAUUCUAAUUUUUAAUCAAAAAAUCGUGGUCACUGAAAAAAGAGGGGUUUUUCUUUUCCUUUUUUUUUUGCUGUUUUUUUUUUUUUGGCAUGGCGGCGUACUUUGCUGUAUGUGCCAAAUAGGUUAUCAAACAUUAGUACACUUGGAAAAUUGAAAUUUUAUUUUUGACUAAUUAAUCAGUUACACUGCAUCAUGUCCCUUAUAAAAUAGAAUAAAAAAGGGGAAUACAAAUUGUGGUCUUUUUCUUUUUGUAAAUUUGUAACAUUAGAAAAAAAUAAACAAAAAGAAAAUAAUAUAUAAUUCGUCCACGAGUUCGAUAAUGGCAGAGAAUGCUGCAGAACUUUUAGAAAAUAUCAAAAUCCUUCUUUGGGGACCGAGUGUUAAGGAAGAUGUCUUUAGAAGAUGGGCACAAGGUUUUUAUUUCAGUUCGGAUGAACCGACUGCACUCGUACAAAGAGAAGGUGGGCCAUGUGUUGUGAUUGCUCCUGUUCAAGCAUUUAUAAUAAAACAAUUAUUACAAGAAUGUGACAUUUCAACGUGGAAAGAUAUAAAAGCUGAAAAAUGUGAUCAACUACUUGUGAAAGCUAUUACUGAAAUUGUUGCACAGGCUGCUGAUGUACAAAAUCCAAAGUAUUCUAUCGUAUUUUUAAGCGACUCUAGUGAUAUGGUUAAUGGAGAAGUGCCUGAAUGUUCAUCGAAAUCAGAGACUAGAAUUCCUGUCAAUGUCCCAAGCACAAGUGAAGGACAAGAAAUUCUCUCUGAAAAUUUUCAUUCACGAUUAAGGAUACUUCCGGUAGAGAGCAUUGGCGAAGUAGAAAAUUUUUUUAUGGAAAGGAUCAAUUUAUUAAAAGAAUCAUUUGGUGUCUUUGUGUUACUUUAUACAGUAAUAUGUACAAAGGGAAUGGUUGGAAUGCAAUCGGAAAUGUUAGACUCAUCGGAAUGUUUAAUUGAAUCGACUUUUGGCUACGGAAGUCAGAGUUUAAUAAAUCUUAUGCUAACUGGUCGAGCAGUUGGUCACGUUUGGGAUCAUGAGCAAGACGUCGGUGGACUCAAAUUGCUUGGUAUCGAGAAACAAAAUUCCGUGGGAUUUUUAGCGUAUCUCGAACAUUUGCAAUAUUGUGAAGUGGGCGCAUUUCUCAAAUCGCCAAAGCAUCCAGUUUGGGUUUUAGGAUCAGAGACACAUUUGACAGUUUUAUUUUCGCCCGAGAGAGAUCUUGUGAGGCCCGAAACACCCGCGGAGAAAGCUAAGCGAAUUUUCAAUAAAUACAGUCCGGAUGGUAAUAAUUUCAUUCAAACAACUUUAUUACAAGAUGUUCUCGCUGAAUUGAAUUUAGUUAAUGAUUCUGAAUACGUGGAUAUAAUAAAACAAAAAUUAGACAAGGAGAAUCUAGGAAUAAUUCUAUUUAAUGCAUUCAUGGAAGAAUUUUUCUCAGAGCAACAACCAACUGAUCCUGAUACAUUUACACUUUAUCAUUACAAUGGUUUAUCGCGUAGUAAUCCUGACAACAAAAUUAUUUAUCACAAAGGUCAAGUGGUGUUACUCGAGAGUAAUUUAAAAUGCGUUUCAAAUAAUAGUAUGUUAACGGUUCUGCAAACAAAGUGGCAAAAUCUCGAAGUUGAAUGGGACAAUAAUCGACAACCGAGUUUAAAUUGAGAAAGACUGUAACAAAAAAAAAAGAAGCAAAAAUUCAGAGGCCAUUUUAGAUGAGAAAAGAUGAGAAAGAUCAUGAAUAUAGAAAGCAAGAUUUUAUCUUUCAAAAAAUUCUUGCUUCUUAAAUUUUUGCAAAAAAAGAAAUGGACAGUCUGGCGGAAGGAUCGGCAAAAUUGUCCAUUAUAUUAAAUUUCGUUUUUUUCUAUUUUUAAAAUUUUUUCCCUCCCCUUUCUAUAAAUAGGUAAAUUAAUCUUAGAAACACAAAAAAAAAAAAUUAAUAAUUGAAAAAUUAUUCAAAUGAAAAUAUAAUCACCUACUUUUUAUAGUCUUUCUCUCUAUUUUCUGCAUGACAUCUUAAGCCGCGAUUCUUUCGCCUAUCCUUUGUAGACUGAAAAUACAAAAAUAUAUUAUAGCGGUAUAGAAAAAAAACGCUGCUUUAGAUUCACAAAGUAAUAUAACACACAAAGAGCGCCUUCUUAAUAAAGUAACGUAAUUAUUUAAAAAGAAAAUGAAAAAAAAUUUGUUAUAACUUAGGCUGUACAGAAAUAAUUCCUGGAUGUAUCUCAAAAAAAAAGUAAUGUGAUUGAGAGAAAGAAUUGUGAAAAAAUAAUGAAUGUUGAGAAACUUUCGAAAAUUCGAUUUAAAUAGAACUUUCUGUAUAAAAUCAAUUAAAAUAUAUUCUGCAGAGGGAAAUACGUAAAUUUUAAUUAAGUAUGUAUAGUAAUUUCUGCCGAAUUUUUUUUAUACAGAAAGAACUACCUUUUUUUUAAUCGAGUAUUUUUCCUAUGGAACAAAUAAUUAUUUCUCAUAAAUGUUUGUAGAUAAUAAUUUUAUAAGAAAACAAAAAUUAUUACUUUUCAGUAAUGAUUCUAUUUUAUUGUCGAUUCCACGUGAAAUUCAUCCAUGUCUUUUAAAUUAUGUAUACUUUUAAAUCUUAUAUUUGAAAAAGCUCUUGACUAAAAAAAAGUCAAACACAUUAAAAUAAAUAAAAAAAAUUUAUUUUACUAUUAUAAUUAAAUAAUAAUAAAUUAUAAAUAUAGAAUUAUUUGUGCAAAAUUUAACAACGACUUUGUGUGAAAUAAUAAUAUGGAUUCCAUAUUGAAAAAGAAUUGUUUCUCGCAAAAAUCACGAAAGUAUUUAAAAAUUACCGAUUCCAGGACUAAUAUGGAUAUUUUAAUAAUAAUAAUUAUAAUAGAAUUUUUUCAAUCGUCGUGUUCAUUUUGACAUUAUAUAUUAUAUAUAUAUACCUCUCUGUUCGAUGUGAAAAGCAUAAUUAUUUCCUAAAAAAAAAAAAAAAAAAAAAAUAAUUCAU